AGGAGAGAGGGGAUAAGAGAAGAAUGCCUACGGAGGAGUGAGAGGGAGAGGAACAGACGGGAGCCAGGAGGUGUGCUGUGUAACUGCUUCUGAGACUCCAGACUCCUGCAUGYAUCUGCGGUUCCUUUCCUUGGUCUCUGCCAGGAGGCUGCUUAAAAACCCUGAGCCCACAGCUCUAUCCUCCUCCUCUCCUCUCUCUGACACACCACCAAACAGGACUAAGUUCUAUACGCAUCUGCACACCAAAGUUUUCACCACAGCUUUCUACAAACCAAAACCUUCUACACACCAAAGAUUUCGACAAUCUUUCCUUCAGUCUCCUGGCUCUUAGAGACUCUUCAAGCUCGUAGAGACUCUUCAAGACAGACUGAUUCCGGUUGAGACUUCUUCUAAACCUGAGGACUGUUGGAUGGUCUAUUGUUGUUGCUCGUCUAGCACAUGCAGGUCAUCUGUUAGCUGACUACUCUGACUGGUCUGUGUGAGAGUCUGUGGGUGGCCUGAGGAUUUUGUGCGUCACUGAAACAUUAGUUGACCUAUUUGGUCUGCAACCUUGCCUUUGUUUCGUUGGCGCAACCAGAGUGACUGAGGAAUCUUCUCUUGCACGGCAGAUAAGGCCUUCUUAGAGCUGGGGUCAGGUUGCACUGCGAGUUCUGGUCCUGGUUCUGAGUGUAGUAAGAAGAUGAGGGGUGCAGUGUUGAGUUUGUGGGUGUCUCUGGCCCUGUGCUGUUGGGUUCUGGGCUGGGCUGGAGGUAUGGAGGGACAGGACACUGGACAUGUCCAGUUACAGGUGAGACAGGCUGGACCUGUGGCUCAUGGGAGAGAAGUGGAGGAAGACAGGGAGGAGGUUAUGAUGGACGACCCUGGCGUGGAGGUGGAGGAGAGCAAACCAAAGAAGAAGAAAUCUCCAGAGGAGGUAGAGGCAGCCAGGGCAAAGAAAGCUGCAGAGAGGGAGGCCAAAGCCAAGAAGCAGAAAGCCCCCAAGGCACCCAAGAAGCCCAAGGCUACCAAGGCACCUAAAGCCACCAAGGCACCUAAAGCCACCAAGGCACCUAAGAAGCCCAAGGCUACCAAGGCACCUAAAGCCACCAAGGCACCCAAGGUCACCAAGCCCAAAGCCACGAAGGCCUCCAAGACGACUGGAAGGAAGGACGAGGGGGUGGAGCCGGUGGCCAAAAAACCCACUCUGGAGGAAGAGGAGGAGAAACUGCUGAUUGAGCUGGGCUGGGAUAGAUUGAUUCCACCUGUGACUCCCAAGGAGCCUCAAGAGCCAGGCCAGGUAGACAGGAGACCCUCGGGGCCCACGCCUCCCUCUACUGGCUCCAAGACUCUGACAGAGCAUGACCAAGAUUACUGGGAUGCCAAGCCUGACAGAGAGAGGACCACCACUGAGGUCAUUAUGUAUGUACCAGAGGAAACCACUGUGCCGCCCAUGCCCUGGUACGAAGAGUAUGAUUAUGCAGAUUUGGCAGCUAAGAAGCUAGAGGAGGAGGCAGAGAAAGCUCGCAAGGAGAAGGAGGAAAAAGUGGAGCGGCUGAGGAAGAUGUGGGAAGAGGAAGAGGCGGAGAGGCUGAGGCAGAUCCCGUUACACGCCGAGUCCAAGAAAUGCCCUCCUCUAGGCCUGGAGUCCCAUCGUGUUGAUGAUGACCAGCUGCUGGCCUCGUCUCAGUCUCACCACGGCUUCUCAGCUCAGAGAGGCAGGCUCAACAUGCAGAGUUCCGGUGAUGACGACGGUGUGUACGGGGGUGCGUGGUGCGCAGAGCCAGAGGAGCAUAACCACUGGUUUGAGGUGGACGCUCGCAGAGAGGUGGAGUUCACUGGAGUCAUUGUACAGGGCAGGAAUUCAGACUCAGCGGAAGAUUUUGUGUCCACGUUCCACGUGGCCUUCAGUAACGACAGUCGUGAUUGGACGGUGCUCCACGAUGGCUAUGCUGAGUGGUUGUUCUAUGGCAAUGUGGAUAGGGACAGUCCAGUGAUGGUGCAGUUUGAUUGGCCAAUCGUGGCACGUUACAUCCGUAUCCUCCCCCAGAGCUGGAACGGUAGCCUGUGUCUCAGAGCUGAGGUCAUGGCCUGCCAACUGCCAAGCAGCUUCCGUAGUGAGAAUGAGGUCCACCCCACAGACGACCUGGACUACAGACACCACAACUAUAAGGACAUGAGACAGAUGAUGAAGGUGAUAAAUGAGGAGUGUCCUAACAUCACAAGGAUCUAUAACAAAUUGGGAAGAGUUCUGCUUCGGCCUGAAGAUUGUAUCGCCAUUGGACGAUCUCCUGACAACCCGCGGGAACACAGACAGGUGCAGCCGGAGGUUCCGCUACACGGCGGGUUUCUCCAUGGCAACGAGGGUGCUGGGCGGGAGCUGCUCCCUCCUGCUGAUUGCAGUUCCUGUGUAGAGGAGUACAAUGACGACAACCCCCGAGUGCGCCGCCUGGUGGAGGCUCUGAGAUGGGAACUGGGGUCUGGCCACUGGACGGAGGAGGGAUACGAUAUCUUCCAGAACUUCCCGGACCUCAACAGUGUUUCUCGGACCCCAUUUGUGUUGCGGGCCAAUUUGCAGGGGGGAGAAAAAGUGGUGGCAUACCCGUUUGAUAUGCAGCGGCCUCCAAAGGCUGCAGGGACGUUGGGGUCUCGSCGUGGGUCUCGACCCGGUAUGGACCAUGAGAUGAAYGAGGAAACGUGGGCCCGGAUGCAGCGUCAGAACGGGGACGCACUACGGGAGACGGCAGACGACACCAUGUUCCGCUGGCUGGCCAUGUCGUACGCCCACAGCCACCUGACCAUGACGGAGACCCAGCGGGGCUCCUGCCACACCGACGACAUCUCUGGGGGUCAGGGCAUCAUCAACAGGGCCAGCUGGAAACCUGUGGUGGGGAGUAUGAAUGACUUCAGCUACCUGCACACUAACUGCUUUGAGCUGUCCGUCUUCCUGGGCUGUGACAAGUUUCCGCACGAGAGUGAGCUGCCUCUGGAGUGGGAGAACAACCGAGAGGCACUACUGUCCUUCAUAGAACAGGUGCAUCGUGGGAUAAAGGGUAUAGUGAGGGACAUGGAGGGCAAACCUCUGGCCAAUGCCACCAUMUCUGUGGAAGGUAUCAAGCACGACGUCAAGACUGCUGCAGCCGGAGACUACUGGCGGUUGUUGAACCCUGGGGAGUACCGUGUGAUGGCCCGCGCUGACGGYCACACUCCCCAGAUCCGGCUGUGCAUGGUGGGCUACGACUCCGGGGCCACCCCCUGCAGCUUCACCCUGGCCAAGUCCAACUGGGAUCGCAUCAAGCAGAUCAUGGACCUCCACGGAAAGAGGCCAAUACGGCUUGUCACCAAGGCACCGCCCCAGGCAGGAAUUGAUAUCAGUGGUGGAGCCGUCGGCAGCAUGAACACCACAAAGACGGACACCCGUGGCAGGGUGGCCGACUCCCAGAAUGCUAAGAAUCUCCGCCGCUUACGGAUGAUGCGCCUGCGCCAGCUGCGCCUGCGGAGACUCAGGGCCAACCUCUCCACCACCACGACCGUUGCCACCACGACCACCACACCGGCCCCCACGACGACGGCGGAGCUGGUGACCGAGAGCACUACUUCCUGGUAUGACUCGUGGUUCCCUGUGGAGAGUUCGUAYACAGAGCCCACRCAGGCCGAGAUCCUCACAGAAAUCCAGGAGUUAGAGCCCACAGAGGACUACACCUUUGAUUACAAGUUUGAUGAUUACUAAAUUGUAUUGAAUUGCUAAAGUAACAAAUUACAGUUUGUAAAUACACAAUCAUAGCUACAAGGCAUUAUUCAAAUUGUGGGAAAUAAAAAACAACUUUAAUUCUGCUGAAAGACAAUAUUGUAACUGCAUUUUUGUAGCACUUUUUAUAUUAAAAUAAUAAUACUGUACUUUCUUUGUGCUCUUCUAUGAAUGUCUCUUGAUGGUUUUACAUUUAUUCUGAUAUAUUUUUGUGACGCACACACAUUGAUCAGAGAAUAGGUGACAUUCUUUCUGUGCAGAUCAKGGAGUCAAAGGCAUGUUAUUGGUAUUAAUUACUCAAGCAAGCCUACUCUGAGAUAUCCAGCCUUGCUAUUAUGUUGCGGGUCAAUUUGACCCAUUUCCACRUUUGAGUUGUCUAAAAUACUAGUURACCUCUCUUUUUCUCCAUGAAAUKAAAUGACUUUUCCUCAUUCAGGGUCAUGAACCUCACUUCAAAAUGGGGACACGCUGAUGUGUUGUGGAAUGUCUGUCUAGGUUGUGUAUAAAAACAUGAUGUUGGAGGUCAUUUUGACCCGGAGGCUUUCAUGUGUAUAGAUAAAUCCAAAAUAAACAAGUGUMUUUGAUGUA